UCUCUGCCCUCUCUGCAGGCGGGUGUCAGGAUGCGCCGCGCUGCGAGAAGCCGACGCUAGCCAGAGAGGUGUGAAGAGUUGGCCAGAAUGACCAACUCUUCCACGUCCACUUCCUCCGCCACCGGGGGAUCGCUGUUGCUGCUCUGCGAGGAAGAGGAGUCGUGGGCGGGCCGGCGCAUCCCCGUGUCCCUCCUGUACUCAGGCCUGGCCAUCGGGGGCACGCUGGCCAACGGCAUGGUCAUCUAUCUCGUGUCGUCCUUCCGAAAGCUGCAGACUACGAGCAACGCCUUCAUCGUGAACGGCUGUGCCGCCGACCUCAGCGUCUGCGCCCUCUGGAUGCCGCAGGAGGCGGUGCUCGGGCUCCUGCCCGCGGGCUCUGCGGAGCCCCCUGGGGACUGGGACGGCGCCGGGGGGAGCUACCGUCUGCUGCGGGGCGGGCUGCUGGGCCUCGGGCUCACCGUGUCCCUCUUGUCCCACUGCCUGGUGGCCCUGAACCGCUACCUACUCAUCACCCGGGCGCCCGCCACCUACCAGGCGCUGUACCAGCGGCGCCACACGGCGGGCAUGCUGGCGCUGUCCUGGGCACUAGCCCUGGGCCUCGUGCUGCUGCUCCCGCCCUGGGCGCCGCGUCCCGGCGCCGCGCCCCCGCGCGUCCACUACCCGGCGCUGCUGGCCGCCGCGGCGCUGCUGGCGCAGACGGCGCUGCUGCUGCACUGCUACCUGGGCAUCGUGCGCCGCGUGCGCGUCAGCGUCAAGCGGGUCAGCGUCCUCAACUUCCACCUACUGCACCAGCUGCCCGGCUGCGCCGCCGCCGCCGCCUUCCCGGGAGCCCCUCACGCGCCAGGCCCGGGUGGUGCCGCGCACCCGGCUCAGGCCCAGCCGCUGCCCCCAGCGCUGCACCCGCGGCGGGCGCAGCGGCGUCUCAGCGGCCUGUCGGUGCUGCUGCUCUGCUGCGUCUUCUUGCUGGCCACGCAGCCGCUGGUGUGGGUGAGCCUGGCCAGCGGCUUCUCGCUGCCCGUGCCCUGGGGUGUGCAGGCGGCCAGCUGGCUCCUGUGCUGCGCUCUGUCCGCGCUCAACCCGCUGCUCUACACGUGGAGGAACGAGGAGUUCCGCCGCUCCGUGCGCUCCGUCCUGCCCGGCAUCGGCGACGCGGCGGCUGCUGCCGCCGCCGCCGCCACGGCUAUGCCUGCGGUGUCCCAGGCGCAGCUGGGCACUCGCGCCGCAGGCCAGCACUGGUGACCCGGGCAGGGCGGGCGGGAAGCGGAGAUUCCCAGCUUCCAUUGCCCUUGGGCACCACCGCCUCCUGAUCUUGGAAAGCAUCCCCUGCCUGAACGAAGACUCCUGCGGGUGAAGCUCAAUAAUAUAUCGGUGCGAAGAUUUCGCCUUCGACCCCAGUGGGAUACCUGAACCGAGGUUUCCGUAUACAUGGGGUCCGCGAAGUCAUUUUCGACGGCCACCUGAUUUUUACCCUUUGUUUGCGUGUUUUGGAGAAAUCCUAAAGUCAGAACACCGGGAAACUUCAGGAACUUGCACACUGACAUUUUGAAAGAACCGGUUAAUUUCUUUCAACACAGUUUUGGAAAAACAGCUUUGAUAACAUAAUUACCAUUCCCACCUUCAUCAUCUUAUAAUAUAUAUGAAGCGCGUUGAGUGUGCAUGAGCCAAAGGAAAUAAUAUUGAAGGAAAUAAUAUUUAUGAAGCAUUUUAGAAAGUAACCUACCUUCGAUAAUGCUUCUGCUAUAACUUAGCCUUUGUAUAUUAACCUGAAGAAUGAAGCCACAGAUGUGCACACCAGUAUGAGUUGCCAUUAAGACCUUAAGCCCUUUAUUUUUAAAAGGGUUUUUAUAAAGUAAAAUCAUUCGCGAAUGAGAUAGCAUCUUAGCCAGUGAGGGGGAAAACCCCCAGAUUUAUUAUUUUACACCCCCCCCCCGCCCUUUGCACUUCUAAGACUGAAAAUCGGCAUUGAGUGUUAAAGUGACAGAUUUCCAUUGUGCUGAUUGAUGGUCUGAGCCAGCUAUGGAAUUUUGGAAAACAUAAGGGGGCUAUCUAUUUUAGGUACCACUUUCAGGUUUUCUAUAGCAUGCACAUUAGUUGCUACCCUCAUUUUGUCAUCAAUUUACCUGCCUUAUGAGUGUGAUUGCAGCUGUGAACAUUCUGUACUCUAAUGGUUGCUAAGGAGAAUAAGUCCUUCUGUUUUCUCUUUAACAUUUAAAAUAUCUCAAUGCACAUGAAAUAAUUAAACACUAAUAAUACCAUGACUGCAUAGCUAAUAUUAACCUCUAUUGCAUGCUCUCCUAGAUGCUAGAACUUAUUGGGCAUGUGGUACUAAAGCAAUACCCAUUUGACAAGGACAUUUUACUUCUUCCACACACCAGAAGAAGUGGCCAUCAAUUAUUUGAAAAGAGACACAGAGACACCUCUGGCUACCUAGAGUUCUUCUUGUCUUGACCCAAUUUAUGAGAAGACUCCCAGGUGGGACUUUAUCUUGCAAAUGAACCACAGUCAAGAUGGAUCAAUAAUAUGAUUUGGCUCUGCAAAGCCAACUGUGCUCUUUUUAGGGUUUAGACAAGUCACACAUUAGAAAGUAACAGUGUUUUUUUUAUGUAUUACCACGACACUUACCAUUAAUAUAAUAUCUGUUAAAGAAGGUGUAAUAAACUCGGUUAUAUAAAAUGAACAGUUCAAAUGGGAAUCCGUUCUAAAACAUAUGAUUUGAGGCUUGCCAUUUUCAUCUCUGGUUUACUAAAUUUAUUUAGAAAUAUUUGAAAUGCAAAAUUGUGUGAAAUCACUUUAGCAAAUAAAAAUGAGAGUAAAGUAAUAAGAUACUCAGCUAUCAGCAAUUCUGACUGUUCACUACAUCAGAUCUGGGGCUGAACAGCCUCAAUUAACUGUGUAAUUCAGGAACCAAAACAGCUUGCUUUGUUGGCCUCCUGGACAUUUGUAAGCCAGGAUAGUGGGAACACUUGUGUGUUUGAAUAAUUAUGGGAGUUGCAGGAAACUUUGACAUGUUUGUAGAAAAACAAAACAAAACAAAUGUGUUUAUUACCAAUAAUAGAUCAGCAGUCAUUUUAUUAAUCUAUCCCCUUUGUGCAUGCACCAUUUCUCUCUUACUAAGGUUUCAUCUGUUCCCAUUUUU